GAGGAAGGGAGGAAGCCGGAAGCGCCGGAGCCGCGCGGGGGUCGGGCCGGAGCGCGCGGGGCAGGCCGGCCAGUCAGGCCCGGACGGGGCAGCCAGCCAGGCGGCGAGGAGCGAGCCAGCGAGCGGGGCAGCGGGCAGGCCGCCCUCCCGCCCGGGCGGGGCUCCUGACGACGUGCAUGUCAUGCUCAGAUGCGUAACCUUCUAACAUGGAAGAAGGAGGUCAAAAAGAAGUAAUCAACUUGAAUAGUUUCCGGAGCCAUCGAGGGAAAGAUCGGGUUAGCCACCAAGACGAGGGACUCAUCACCGUCUUGGACUCCUCGGAUGAAGAGCUGCCUGUGAUGUUGGACACACCUGUUCGCGGCCAGUGGGAAGAGGAGGAGGAUGAAGACGUGGUCAUCUUGAUGGAGACAGCCACCAAGAAGUCCCUGCGGCCCAAUGUGAUCAAGCCUGCCGCUCCAUGGCAAGUCCUUAACAAGACGGGGGAAGGAGGGUCUAACGGCGACGUGGUGGUGCUUCCUCACAAGGAGCAGAAGACCAAGACCCCAGUUUCUCCCCGGCUGAUGGGCACCCGCCGGAACCACCUGAAGACAGGGAGGGUGGGACUGAACAGACCGACCCAGGCCGAGGUCUUGGAGUUACCCGAUUCUCCGGAGCCCGUUGACCCCAGGGGACUCCGAGGGACAGAGGCUGGGCCCAGCACGGUUCAGAAGAGAGAAGUUGCCCCAGAGGUCAUUAACUUGGAGGAAGUGGGGAGCAAUCAGGAAAACCCAGAGGAGGCAGAUCGGACGCUUGAGCCACGGCUGGCACCCAACCCCGGAGGGGCCUUCCAUUGCGUUAAGGAGAACAUGCGGCUGGAUCAUCCAUACUUCCAGGCAGCGAAGAAGGAGGCACAGGCUGUGGUCAAUUUGCUUUCUUCUCGGGCGGCCUCCCUGGAAAGAGAACUGGGACCUUUGCCGAGGGUAUACCAAGGAGAGAUCCCCGGGCCGGCUUUUCCCAGGCCCGAAGCUCAGCAAGAUGGAAUCCCCGGCCCUGCUUCCCCUCAGCUAGCUCAUCCCCCAGAGGAAAAUGGAGGCCAGCAGGCUGUAAUAAACGAGCAGGCCGGUCCGGCAUUUCCAGCCCAAGGGUCACUGGACACCAGCUCCGGUGAGCUUCCCAAGCACACCGCUACUCUGUUGGACAAAGACCCGGUUGUGCUUCUGAUCCGAGAAACGGAAGCCAGGUUUCCAGACGCAACGCGAGAGUACAUCCAAGAGCUGAUACAGAGCAAAAACUGCUGUGACUUAAACAUACUCUGCAAUUUGCUUCUGGAAAAUCCAGACUACCCAAAGAAGGAACUCAGCAUGAUUUUGAAUCCAAACAGCAGCCUGCUUUCCAGCCAAGAUGAGACGAAGGUGCCUAAAGUGGACUAUUUCGACUUCUCCAAGCUGGAUCCACUUGACCAACGUUGCUUCAUUCAAGCUGCUGACCUCCUCAUGGCCGACUUCAAAAUGCUGAGCAGCCAAGACAUCAAGUGGGCGCUCCACGAACUCAAGGGACACUAUGCAAUCACACGAAAGGCCUUCUCUGACGCCAUCAAAAAAUGGCAAGAGUUGUCUCCGGAAGCCAGCGGGAAGCGAAAAAGGAGGAAAGAAAUGAACCAGUAUUCUUACAUAGACUUCAAAUUCGAGCAGGGUGACACCAAGAUUGAGAAGCGCAUGUUUUUCUUGGAGAACAAACGACGCCACUGGAGGAAUUACGACCAGCUCUCUCUCCUGCCCCCGGUGCAGCUGGAGAGGGAGUUUUACGAACAGAAGAUCAAAGAGAUGGCGGAGCAUGCAGAUUUUCUUCUUGCCCUGCAGAUGAAUGAAGAGCAGUAUCAAAAAGAUGGCCAGCUGAUCGAAUGCCGCUGCUGCUACGGGGAAUUUGCGUUUGAAGAGCUGACCCAGUGUGCAGAUGGACACCUGUUCUGCAAGGAAUGCUUAAUAAAAUAUGCUCAGGAGGCCGUCUUUGGCUCUGGAAAGUCAGAGCUCAGCUGCAUGGAAGGGAGCUGCACGUGUUCGUUCCCCACCAGUGAACUGGAGAAAGUGCUUCCUGAAAACAUCCUCUGCAAAUACUACGAGAGGAAAGGCGAGGAGGAGGUGGCGGCUGCUUGCGCGGAUGAGCUGGUCAGAUGUCCCUUUUGUAACUUCCCAGCUCUCCUGGACAAGGACGUGAAGCGGUUCAGCUGUCCCAACCCGUGCUGCAGAAAGGAAACCUGCAGGAAAUGCCAGGGCCUCUGGAAGGAACACAUGAACCUCACCUGUGAACAGCUGGCCGAAAAGGAUGACAUCAAAUACAGGACGUCCAUAGAAGAGAAGAUGACGGCAGCCCGUAUCAGGAAGUGUCACAAAUGCGCCACCGGCUUGAUCAAAUCAGAAGGCUGCAACCGCAUGUCCUGUCGUUGUGGGGCCCAGAUGUGCUACCUCUGCCGAGCUGCCAUUAAUGGGUACGACCACUUCUGCCAGCACCCUCGUUCCCCCGGAGCCCCGUGCCAAGACUGUGCAAAAUGUUCCCUUUGGACAGACCCCACGGAGGACGAUGAGAAGAUAAUCCAUGAAAUUCAGAAGGAAGCAGAGGAAGAACAAAAGAGGAAGAACGGAGAAAACAGUUUUAAGCGGAUCGGCCCUCCGGUGGAAAAACCCGCAGAGAAGAUCCCACGGGUCGAAGCCAUCCCCAGGCCGGUUCCCCAGAACCUCCACCACCACCAAAUACGCCCCUACCCAUUUGGUCACCCCCCUUUCCCUCUCCCCCCAGUGCACCCCCUAUACAACAACCUGGGCCCCAUCAACCUCGGCCCCAUCCCGGCCCCUUACGUCCCCCCGCUCCCCAACAUGAGGGUGAACUACGACUUUCCCCAAAUGAACCUACAUUUGGAGCACAACCUCCCUAUGCACUUUGGGCCUCAGCCUCGGCAUCGGUUCUGAUCCGGUUUUGGGAAGGUGCUGUUCCUUCUGGAACUUGCUGCAGGGAAAGUCCACACACUGGUUUUCGAUGCUCCCUUCCCACUAAAUUACAAAAUCCACCUUUGCUCCGACUCCCUCCCACCCCCACCCCCCAGUUGUCUCGGCCCGCAGUUCAGACGUCCAUCCCGACUCUCCGCUAGGUGCAGAGGAGCCCUAGUUUGCAAUAAGGGUUUGUCCUGGCACUGUUGUCUUUCUGCAGGUGCUGUUGGUUGAGAAGAGGGCUUCCGAAGGAGGUGGGCUGGAGGGACAGCAUUGCCAAAAAUGUGUUCUGGUCAACAAGACAGCCUGAGCAAUAGCGUUGCUCUUUCCAUAGCUGUACGGCCUCCAGCAUCUCAACCAAGCAGAGGUUGAAAGAUGGUCGAGGAACACCUUGGAAUAUUUGAAACACUCAGGUGGCAGUCCUUAAUUCCCCAAAACCAGGUGUGGUGGGGUCUUCUUAGCUUAGAUCUUCCAUAGCUUCCCUCUUCGGCUAGGAAAGCAGGGAAUAGAUGCCCUUUUUCAGGGGGGGGGUGUCAGGAUUUCCUAAAGCAGGCUUGGAGAGACCCUCGGAAAUUUGACAUGCCUUGCUUGCAGCUGAGAGGGUGCUUUGAAAGCACAAACCAAAUUGGUCUUGAAAUGAAAUCGGUCGUGUGUCCAUCGCCCUGGCCUGCUGCUGCUUUUCUGCACUUGUGUCUGGAGUUGGAACCCUGAUUUGGCUAUUUAGGCUGAAGGAUGAUGGUGGCCGUGGAGGUUUUCUCUGUUGGGAUGCGUGGUGUGUGGAAUGGGAUCCCCCGCUGGAGAAAGUGAUGAGCGAGCUGGCUGGUCUGCAAAGAGGUCAAAGUAUUGGGAUUCUGGGAAAAGACAGGGGUGCAAUCGGGUUGCGCCGCCUCCGCUUUUCUCUGGUGUUGGAGUGAAUGCUCAGGUUGCUACCACGGCUGGGAGAACUGUCCCUAUGCACCUUGGGAAAAGCCCUUACCUGGGGGAGCCCAUGGUUCCAAACUCCCUCAUGCAUCCUUAAGCUCUUGAAGUCCAGGUGUGAACAAGUAUCUACCUAUACUCUUGUCUCAACAUUUAGGUGUUGGCUUAUUCAAAAGCACCAGUUAAGGGCUGGCUUUAAGGUCAGUGUUCCUCAACCUUGCUGGCUGGAGGAUUCUGGGAGUUGAGGUCUACCCCUCUUAAAGAUCCUAUGGUUGAGGAACAAUGGUUUAGAUCAGUUGUAUGGAUGGAUAGGCUCUGUUCUCCUGUUCCCCAGAAAUCCCCUUCCAUCUUUUGUACAUCAUCUUCACUCCUCUGUGGCUUCACUGGGAAGAGGUGUGACUUCAGAAGCACCACAGAAAGCUGCGUGAUCAGCCAGCCCCACCAGAGCUUGGAGGACAAGGAAGUGAGCACCACAAAUGGUUCUCGUGAUUUCAGCCAGGAAGACUGAGGGUGUCUUCAGAAACAACUUCCCUUCCCAAAUCAGCAGCCUUCAUAUCAGGUUGAUGACCUUUCCUCCAAAAUGUUGGCCAGCGAGGGUCUCUCUGGGGCAGAAGCCUGGAAGUUGAAUCCAUCCAGCAUCUGGUAGAUGCCAGGUUGGGGAAAAAGACAUUGCAGAAAAUGCUUUUCUCCCUUUUCUUCUGCUGAAUGUAAAUCCAACUGAGGGAAUCUCCGCAUGGUUUCAUCUUAGGCCUUGGCUCAGCUCAAGCAAUAUAAUACAGAUGAUGGUUUUGAACCUGGACAAGCUCUGUUUCUCUCCCAGACCACCCCCUCCCCCUCCAAAAACAAAUCUUAAUUUCCUCCAUGAGAAAAAACUUUAUAUUCCUUGAAUGAGAGGAUUCUUUGGCCAUAGCAAAGAGGACCGAGGCCCAUAAAUAUUGUGAUUUUUUUUCCCCCUGCUCCAUUUCAAUAGAAGUGUGAAAAAGAAUCAGGGAACCGCCAGGAAGGUGAAGCCUAUUACGAGUUUCUCCCUUGAUUCUACCUACCUGUUUCCUUUACACAAUAUUAUCAAAUCUGCUUUUAUGUUUUGUUUUGUUUUUUCCCUCACGGCUAUCAAAACCGUUGAAAUUCUCCCCUCUCCGCUUUCCCUUUGGACGUGAUCAUGCAACUCCCGAAACUUUACCGAUAGGCUUUUCUUUAAAAUUAUUCUGAAAUGAACUGGUGAUGCUUUGAAUAGCUGCUCACCACCACCACUACCACCACCCUGGGUAGGGUGCCCACAACCCAGCGAGUGUGUGGCUACGCGGCCCACGUAAUUCCUGAUCAAUAAGGAUUGAUCAGACUCAUCGGUAGCAGAAUAUUCCCGUGGCAAACUUUGGACUCUUUUCCUUGGUGAGAAAAUGUGAUGCACUCGCCAGUGUAGGGAAUUUAAUCUGAUGGGAGACCUAUUCCCGAAUUUCUUUCCAUCCCAAAGUUUUCUGUUGUCUUCCAUUCCAUGUGUCGCCAUUCCGGUCCCGUCUUAGCCACGUAGAUUCAAAAUAGUGUUUUUUCCUUUAAAAAGCCAGCCACCUUUAUUUUCAUUGCCCCUUUCUGGAUCAGAUUGAUUAGUCUUCGAGGUUAUGGGGGAGCCCAUGACUUUCUCUGCUUUGCUUUUUUUCCAAAGCCAUGUUUUCUCUCUAAAACUCCUGUCGGUUGGUCUGCUUCCCCCCCCCCCACCGCCCCUCUCUCUUUAAUCCGAACUUCCCUGAAUCUUUUAAGCAGACAUGCCUGUGAGUUGGGUGGAGAGUGGAAUUUGUAUGAAAUUCCAUCUUUUUUGGUGUGUUUUUUUAUUUGUAGCUUCUUUUUAUAUAUAUAUAUAUCUAUAUAUCUCUCUAAAAGCGUUCAUCUCUUUACGGGUAGACAGUGAGAAGUGUAUGGAAUUCCCCCCCCCAGUCCCCCGCUUGACAUUUUAACAGGUACUUUCUUAUUAUCAAUUUUGCAGUGUUGCAUUUAACUUGCCUUAAAAGGUGGAGAGAGAAACCUAAUAUUUGCACUUAGCAAAAAGAGAGAGAGAGAGAGAGAAAUUAAUUUAAAAAAAGGAGCUAAGCCCUAUCAAACGGGAGAGGUGCAUGUUCUACAACUUUGUAUAACAUAGCUGAAAACUAAAAAAAAAAAUAAAAAAAUCCAAAACCAGGAAGAAAAAAAAAGAAUAUUUUUCUUUUGGUAGGAAAAAGAAAACUGUUCUAAUCUGUGUGUAAAAAGUUUCUGUAUUAUAUUGUAAUUUCAAUUUUUUUGUAAUUAAAAGAAAAUUGUGCUCCCUGUU